AUGGCUAACAAUAUCCAAGGAAUCUGGGGUGCCAUUGGGUAUUUCAAUGUUAUCACCUCUAUUGAGGAGAAAAAAGGAGGUAGAAGCUACAGACGGGAAGAAAUCCUUGAUUUUUUAGAAUGUCUUAAUGACUGUGGGCUUCAAGAUGCAGGCUACAAUGGUUCUAUAUACACGUGGUGUGAUAAUAGGGAUCCUCCUACUACCAUAUGGAAGAGACUUGAUAGAUUAGUCUAUAACUCUAGCUGUAAAGUCAUUUCUAAAAUUCUUAAUAACAGAAUCUCCAGCUUACUCCCCAAAAUCAUAUCCAAGAACCAAUCUGGUUUUAUCGGAGGGAGGGGAAUUUCUGAAAAUAUCCUUCUAGCACAGGAAAUUAUCAAUGAUAUUAAGAAUCCUGCUAGAGGAGGAAAUGUUGUGCUAAAAUUAGAUAUGGCCAAGGCUUGUGAUAGAGUCUCUUGGGAGUUCCUAUGCCAGGCUCUAAAGAGAUUUGGUUUCUCUGAAUGGUGGACUCAUCUGAUGUACAAUUUCAUAUCCAGUAACUGCAAGAAACCUCUUGAAAUGAUGCUUAAAACUCUGAAAGUAUAUGAGGAAGUUUCUGGACAACUACUCAAUAAGGAAAAAAGUUGUUUUGCAGUGGCCAAUAAUUCCAAAGCUGCCACUAUUAACAAGCUCAAAAACAUUACUGGUAUGAAACAUCAGCUCUUUCCUAUUAGAUAUCUUGGUUGCCCUCUUAUUACUGGUAAAAAAAAGAUCUCUCACAAUUCAGUUAUGGUAAGCAAGAUCAUUGACAAGAUUAGAGGUUGGCAUACUAAAUUUCUUUCCACUAGUGGAAGAGCUAUUUUGAUUAGACAUGUUCUCCUUGCGAUGCCAAUUCAUCUCUUUGCAGCUACCACCCCCCCCAAAGGUACCAUUGAGCUUAUAGAGAAGUACAUUAUUAGAUUUUUUUGGACAAGGCAAGACACUAGAGGUAAGUAUCAUUGGGCCUCUUGGAAGAACUUGUGCUACCCUUAUGAGGAGGGUGGAACGAACUUUAGAAAUCUUGAAGACAUGUGCCAUGCUUUUCAAACAAAACAAUGGUGGAACCUCAGAAUCACUACUUCACUAUGGAAGAAUUUCAUUAAAGAUAAAUACUUCAACAAUAUGCACCCUAUCAAGGCCCAAUGGAGCAGAGGACAACCACAAAGUUGGAAAGUUCUUUGCAACAUUAAAGAAGAGGUGGAUAAGAACAUCAAAUGGAUCAUUGGGAAAGGAGAGGUGGACUUUUGGUAUGACAAUUGGACUAAUAUUUGA